UCUGAUUAGUUGUAGCUGAUCGUCCCAGCCGACAACAACUUCCAAUUUGAGCCUUCUUCUGUCUUGAGCCUACCAAAAGCCAAGGUCUCAACCGUCUCAUUAUUGGUAGUGUCCCGUCUUUAAGUGCUUGUUCAACCCUCGUUAGGGCAUUACUUCUAUCCAGGAGCAACCAUGUUCAGCAAAUUCCUAGUCGCUGGGUUGCUGGCCACGUCAGUGAGGGCAAUUGAGAAUCCUGGAGAUGACCCUCUCCAAUGGUUGAGAGAUUCCAUUCCAGGAGAACCGGGGGUAGACUAUCCCAUCUUCAGCUCCGUUCAAGAGACCAGUUUCUCUUGUGAAGGACGAGUUUUCGGAGGUUAUUACGCUGAUGUGGAUAUGGGCUGUCAGGCCUACCACGUGUGUCUCUUGGAUCCGUUGGCUGGCUCGAUGUAUCCAACCUCAUUUCUGUGUCCAAAUGGGACCUUGUUCCAACAGCAAAUCUUCAACUGUGAUUGGUGGUAUAACGUGGAUUGCGCUAGCUCUGAGGACUAUUACGGUUUGGCUGAAGGUGCCUUUGCUUCCACCGGUGGAAACAAUGGUAAUGGCAAUGGCAAUGGCGGUGGACAAUGUCCCAAUGUGAACCCGUUAUCUGAUGCCGAGUGUGGAGGAACCGCUUCCAACUGCUGGUCCCCAGGUCAAUCUGAUACGGAUUGUCCCAAUUUUGGCCUCUGUUGUUUCGAUGGUUGUGCCAAUACCUGUGUGGAUGGCCCCACUUCUCAAAGUAACAGCCAACCUGAUGCACAGACUCCCUUCAGGCCUCAGCCUACACAACCUGCUCCUCGACCCACUCCCCGCCCAACUCAACCCGCUCCCAGACCCACUCGCCCUGCCCCAACUCGCCCUGCCCCANCCGCCCUGCUCCCAUUCAAACCACCACCGGCUAUGACUACCCCGUUCCUCAGAACCCGCUUCUGAUUUCCCGACCUGCCAAUAACCCUGUGCCCACUCCUCCCGCCACCCUGUACGGAGCUCCUGUCCGCUCCGGCCGCCAAGGCCGUCGAGGCCGUCGAGGCCGCCGUCUCCGUUUGAAGAAGAGGAAAAUUGCCCGCUCAGAUCUUGA